CCUGGGCCUGGCCGUGCCGUACCCGUACGGUACUUGUCGAACCGAACUAUCCCAAAUCCGCAAACCCCAAUUCGCAGGCGGCGGCCAGUUUCCCCCGAAGGCCCUAACCGCCGCGUCGCGAUGCCGGCGGCGGCAUCGGUGGCGGACCCCCGCCUCGUGCGCAAUACUUGCAUCCUAGCGCACGUGGACCACGGCAAGACCUCCCUCGCGGACCAUCUAGUGGCCUCCGGCGGCAGCGGCCUCCUCAGCCCGAAGCUGGCGGGAAGCGCCCGGUUCAUGGACCACCUCCCGGAGGAGCAGCGGCGCGCCAUCACCAUGAAGUCCUCCUCCGUCGCGCUCCGGCACGCGCACCCCACGGGCGUCCACCGCGUGAACCUGAUCGACUCCCCGGGCCACGCCGACUUCUGCUCCGAGGUCUCCGCCGCCGCGCGCCUCUCGGACUCGGCGCUCAUCGUCGUCGACGCGGCCAAGGGCGUCCGCGUCCAGACCCACGCCGCGCUUCGCCAGGCGUUCGUCGAGCGCCUGCGCCCCUGCCUCGUCCUCAACAAGAUGGACCGCCUCAUCACCGACCUCUUCCUCUCGCCCGAGGACGCUUACGCGCGCCUCCGCGGCAUCGUCGCCGAGGUCAACUCCAUCUACUCCACGCUGCGCUCCGGCUACUACUUCUCCUCGCUCCAGGACGACAAAGACGGCCGCCGCGCGGGCGGCGGCGAGGAGGACGAUGACGAGGGCGACGCCUUCCAUCCCCAGAAGGGCAACGUCGUCUUCGCCUGCGCCCGCGACGGCUGGGGCUUCCGCAUCCACCGCUUUGCCGACCUGUACGCCCAGAAGACGGGCGCUAGCAGGUCCAAGCUGCUCAUGGGCUUCUGGGGUCCGUACUACAUAGACAAGAAGAAGAAGGCGGUUCUGCCUCUCCCUCAGAGUAACGAGGCCACGAGCAGUGGCGAGGACCAGCAGCCCAUGUUCGUGGAGAACGUGCUCAGGCCUCUGUGGAAGGUGUACCAGAGAGGCCUGAGAUCGAAUAGCGCCAGGUGGAUGGACGACAACGUGGUCUCCUUCUUCAAUCUGGUGGUGUCGCCGCGGGAGCUGUACAGCGAGGACCCCAAGACGUCGCUGCAUGCCGUGAUGCGGGCGUGGCUGCCGCUCGCGGAGUCAGUCAUGGAUAUGCUCGUCGAAUGCACGCCCGACCCCGUCGCCGCCCAGGCGUUCAGAGUGGCAAGGCUUAUGCCCGAGAGGAGGACUGCUGCCGCCAACCACACCUGCAGCAUUGUCGCGGAGGCAGAGAUGGUGAGGAGCUCUGUGGCGGCCUGCAGCGCCAGCGCCAGCGCAAGCGCGCCCAUUGUGGUGUUCGUGUCCAAGAUGUUCGCGGUGCCGUACACGAUGCUGCCGUGCAGGGGGCUCAACAGGAAGGAGUUGCUGAUCCAUAGCGAGCCGGAGUCAGAGGGGGAGUGCUUCUUGGCCUUCGCGAGGGUCUUCAGCGGCGUACUCCGUGCAGGGCAGAAGGUGUUCGUCCUGUCAACGCUGUAUGAUCCGGUAAAAGGGGACGACGCGGCGAGCAAGCAUGUGCAGGAGGUGGAGCUGCACUGCCUGUACGAGAUGCUCGGGCAGGACCUGAGGCCAGUGCCCAGCGUUGCUGCAGGCCACGUCGUGGCAAUCCAGGGCCUUGGCCAACACGUGCUGAAGAGUGCAACACUGUCGUCGACCAAGAAUUGCUGGCCAUUCUCGAGCAUGACGUUCCAGGUGUCUCCGAUGCUCAAGGUCGCUGUUGAGCCUUCCAACCCUGCUGAUCUGGGAGCCCUUGUAAAAGGACUGAAGCUUCUUAACCAGGCAGACCCGUUGGUUGUGUACACUGUCUCACAGAGGGGCGAGCAUGUCCUUGCUGCAGCUGGCCAGGUACAUUUGGAUCGCUGCAUCAAGGAUUUGCAGGAGAGGUUCGCCAAGGUCCAGCUGGGGGUCUCAAAGCCGUUAGUGUCAUUCAAGGAGACCAUCCAAGGAGAAGGUGUUGGCUUAUUGGGAAGCAUGAAGGCCCAACAGGGGUUUGUUGAGAGAACCACUCCGAAUGGGAGAUUCAGUGUGAAAGUUCAAGUCAUUAGGCUUCCCAAUGCACUGACUAAGGUCCUUGCCGAAAGUGAAGAAUUACUUGGUCAAAUCAUCGACGGGAAAACUUCACAGCUUGAUCAGGAUGGUGGUAAUUCUAUUUCUACAACAAUGCUUAGGCAGCGCUUGAUCUGUGCCAUUGACAGUGAAUUGGAAGCGAUCUCUGAACAAGUGGAAAAAGAGAAGCUUGAGAGGUGUAGGAAGACAUUGCUUGGAUACCUUCAGAGAAUCUGUGCCCUAGGUCCUUCACAUGUUGGACCAAAUUUCCUUCUCUUGCCUGACUUUGAAUCAAAAUGUGGUGUCACAGCAAGCCCAAAUGGAAAGGAAGAUAUUCUUGUGAGUAGCAAGUGUCAUGUAUCAGAGAUAUUGGGGUUUGCGCGUGCACCUGAUGCAGAGACAAAAAAUGCCACUGAAAGUGAAACAGAGACAUCGACGUAUUCUCUCGAUUCUGAAGCGCUAAGGAACAGCAUCGUCUCAGGUUUUCAGUUUGCCACAAAUGCAGGUCCCAUAUGCGAUGAACCUAUGAGGGGUGUGGCAUUCAUUGUUGAGGCACACCUUCUGUCUAACAACUCUGAUGUUGCAAUUCCCUCUGAUGAUAACAUCUUCACUGGGCAAGUAAUUACUGCAGUGAAGGAAGCAUGCCGAGAAGCUGUUCUUCAGAGCAAGCCAAGGCUUGUGGAACCAAUGUACUUUUGUGAAUUGACCACACCGACAGAGCAGUUGGGUGCUGCGUUUGCUGUUCUGGGUGAUUGUCGGGCCAAGGUUCUGAAAGAGGAGAUGCAAGAAGGAACAUCUUUGUUCACAGUGCAAGCUCACUUGCCAGUUGCCGAAAGCUCUGACUUCCCUGAGAAACUUAGAAAGCGAACGUCAGGUGCAGCUAGUGCGAUUCUAGCAUUUAGCCACUGGGAGGUUAUCCCUCAGGACCCCUUCUUUACCCCGAAAACUCCGGAGGAGAUUGAAAGAUUCGGUGAUGGCUCAAGCAUUGGACCAAACUUGGCCAAGAAGCUCAUGAAUUCUGUAAGGCGAAGAAAGGGCCUUCAUGUUGAAGAGAAAGUUGUGGAGCAUGGCACGAAACAGCGAACUCUUGGGAAGAAAGUGUGAUUUUAUUCAUGAGAAUAGGAAGUUGGUGCCUUGAGCUCCAGAUUUUGCCCUGGUAAACUGAAAUAUAAUCAAAUGUGCAAAUUAUAUAUAGGGAUUUAAAGUUCUAUUGUACGAGUUCUUUUUUUUUUUGGGUGUCGUGCUUAUGAGUUCUAUUGGA